UCUCGCUUUUCCGUCUGCUGAUAGGCUUUUUGCAAUACUUCUAAAUUUGCAUAAAUCAACGUCUGAGUAGAUCGAAUACGUCCGUUUGAAAGGGAGAGAACGCGGAGCCGUUGCCACAGAAACCAGACAGCAACAGAGCUUGCCAAAAGAGGAGCGCGGGAAGCGGAGGGGAGGCUGUUAUUCAAGUCUUAAAUGAAUGAUUGGUGAGACAGCUGAGCUACUCCCGCUCCCAAUUACAGCCAGUUACAGGUGCAAGUGCAGCGAUGCAUAAAGUGGACAUUCAGGCCGAGCUCAGAGAGGCAGCUGCCAUUGAAGCCCGCCGGAACCGGGAGAAGCAGAGACAGAGCCGCAUCUUCAAUGCUCGCUACCGUACCAUGGGGGUGGACUUAGAAGGCUUGAAGAGGCAAGUGGAAGAGCGGAAACUGAGAGAGAAUAUGGAGAAGCAACGAGAGGAAGCUUUUGAUGCAGACAGGGUGCAAUGUGACAAGGUUGCACAGAUGUUGGAGGAAGAGGAGCACCAGCGGAAGAAACGGUUGUCCCAGGAUCUGGUGGAGUUCCGUGAGCGGGAGCAGCAGCCUUUUAUGCGGCGGGAGUGGGACAUCCAUGACCCCGAGGUGGUGCGCAAAGGGCAGCCGGCCCGCGUGAGCGAUGAUGACCCGCGCUGUGGUCCUUCUAGCAUGCAGUGCUUUGCUGGUGAGGAUCUGAAUUCGGCUGCCCGCCUCAAACUGCAGAAGGAGCAGAACAAGCAUGCAUUGGAGGAGCAGAGAACUGAACGGAAUAAGGAACUUGGUGAUCAAAAAUACGCAGAUAAUCUGGAAGGCAAAAAAAGAAUUGAGCUGGAUUUGCGAGCUAUGGAGCUGGCACGAUUAGAGGAAGAAUGUCGCAGGGCUAAAGCCAUGGCAAUAGCAGACUUUAAUCGAGCACAGGCUGCAGAGGUUGCAGAGCAGCAGCGUCUAUCUCAGCAGCGUGAGCAGGACGACAACUAUGUUGAGAUUCACAACCACCUGACUGGCAACUUCCUGUCGGAAGACCCUGAUACUGCUAAAAGCUUGUUGGGGUCACACCGUGUGAUUACUGACCGCUGGAAGGGGAUGAGCCUGGAGCAGCUGCAGGCUGUGUGGAAAAUGCAGAAAGAACAGUGCAGAGAAAACCAGAAACUUCGGCAAGAGGAAAGGCAACGGGUUGCUGAGUGGGACAGACAAAGGGAACUGGCAGCUCAUACGGCCAUGCAGAUGGAGGAGCAGGAGCAGAAUUUCCGUGUGGAGCUGAGGAAGAGCCUGGAUGCUUACAACCAGGAACUGGCUGAUGCACAGAAAUCCAACUUCCAGUUUCUGGAGAAAGAAGUCUACACCAACGCACCUACAGCCCACUAUCAUUUACAGUUUAACACUAGCAGCCGCUGAUGGAAGAUGCAGCUGGCAGGAGUUUUGGUUUCCUUUGCAUUUGGUUAUCUUGAGAUACUUCGUCGUCUUUGUGAAAGAAAUGAAAAAUACACAAGCAGAGUCACAGCUGAGGAAAGUCGUAAGGACCAAAAGCCAUGGAUUCAUACACCUAACUAAAUCAGAUGUGUGCAACUUUUGUUGCCAUAUAACUUUUAAAUGGCAUUUGGGGGCCCACCUCAGAAAGACUGAAAAAUGGGGCCCAAAUGUGACCACUUUGAAAAUGACUCAAAAGAAGCAUAUUGAACCUGGCCUUUCUUUGCUCUUCAUUAAAGCAGCCUGUUUUUAGGCUUCAGCACAAGCAUGAAAAAAGAAUGUACUCCACCAGCUUUUUUUCAGGCUCCCAUGAAAAUU